AAUUUUUCGCGAUAACAAGCAUUUCUGUCGUGAAAAAUCUUGUUUUGUUUUGAAGUGACAAAACCCCGCCAAAACAAAUCCAUGUUACAUCGUACCGUGUCUCGUGGUCUUUAUCUUCCAAGGCUCAACUCUCAGAGUCAGAUAGGACCACCUUAUGCAAAUUGUUCCAUUUCUUUAAUCCAAAUGAACCCAACAAAAAAUUUAACAUUUUCCCAUAUUUUCCAAAAAUGUUCCAAUCUAAAAUCUUUGAAUCCUGGCAAACAAGCUCAUGCCCAGAUGAUAGUAACUGGUUUUGUUCCCACCAUUUUUGUUUCCAACUGUUUACUUCAUUUUUACUGUAAAUGUUCAAAUUUGAAUUACGCGUUCAACGUGUUUGAUAAAAUGCCUCACAGAGAUGUAAUUUCUUGGAACACAAUGAUAUUUGGUUAUUCAGGAAUUGGAAACAUGGGAUUUGCACAGUUUUUGUUUGACUCAAUGCCAGAGAGAGAUGUUGUUUCGUGGAACUCUUUGCUCUCGUGUUAUUUACAAAACGGGAUUCAUCGAAAGUCGAUUGAUGUUUUUGUUAAGAUGAGAUUGCUGAAUAUUCCGCAUGAUUAUGCUACAUUUUCUGUUGCUUUGAAAGCUUGUACCGGUAUUGAAGACUAUGGUUUAGGACUUCAGCUGCAUUGCCUUGUGAUUCAGAUGGGUUUUGAGAGUGAUGUGGUAACAGGUACUGCUCUAGUAGACAUGUAUUCAACGUGUAAGAAACUAGAUCAUGCUUUUAGGGUUUUUGUUGAAAUUCCGGAAAGAAAUUUGGUGUGUUGGAGUGCUGUAAUUGCAGGCUAUGUUCGAAAUGAUCGGUUUAUUGAGGGAUUAAAAUUGUAUAAGGCAAUGUUAAAAGAAGGUAUGGGGGUGAGUCAAUCAACUUUUGCUAGUGUGUUUAGGUUGUGUGCUGGAUUAUCUGCAUUUGAAUUAGGCACACAGUUGCAUGCUUAUGCUCUAAAGACAAAUUUCGGAUAUGAUAGUAUAGUUGGAACAGCUACAUUAGACAUGUAUGCUAAAUGUGACAGAAUGAAUGAUGCUAGAAAGUUGUUUAACACAUUCCCUAAACCUACUCGGCAAUUUCAUAAUGCCAUUAUUGUUGGAUAUGCACGACAAGAUCAAGGUGUUGAAGCUUUAGAGAUUUUCCAGUCUUUACGGAAGUCUUAUCUUGGCUUCGACGAAAUUAGUUUGUCUGGUGCUUUGACUGCCUGUUCGGCUAUCAAAGGCUAUUUGGAGGGGAUUCAACUGCAUGGAUUAGCUGUCAAAUGUGGUUUAGAGCUUAAUAUCUGUGUUGCGAAUACCAUUUUAGACAUGUAUGCAAAAUGCGGAGCAUUGAUGGAAGCUUGUUGGAUAUUCGAUGAUAUGGAAAGAAAGGAUGCUGUGUCUUGGAAUGCAAUCAUUGCGGCUCACGAGCAAAAUGAACAAGUAGAAGAAACACUUUCACUUUUUGUUUCAAUGCUUAGGUCAACUAUGGAACCCGAUGAUUUUACUUUUGGCAGUGUUGUAAAGGCAUGUGCUGGUCAGCAAGCUUUGAACUAUGGUAUGGAGAUACAUGGAAGAGUUAUUAAGUCUGGUAUGGGGUUAGACUGGUUUGUUGGAAGUGCCAUGAUUGAUAUGUAUUGCAAGUGCGGAAUGCUAGUCGAGGCAGAAAAGAUCCACGAGAGAUUGGAAGAACGAACAACUGUUUCUUGGAAUUCAAUCAUUUCAGGAUUCUCGUCACAAAAGCAAGGCGAAAAUGCUCUGAGGUAUUUUUCUCAGAUGCUACAAGUUGGUGUUAUACCUGACAACUUCACAUAUGCUACGGUUCUUGAUAUUUGUGCUAAUUUGGCUACCGUCGAACUUGGAAAGCAGAUCCAUGGACAAAUUUUAAAGCUACAGUUGCAUUCAGAUGUGUAUAUAGCCAGUACUAUUGUUGAUAUGUAUUCAAAGUGUGGAAAUAUGCAGGAUUCACUCGUAAUGUUUGAGAAAGCACCUAAGCGGGAUUAUGUGACUUGGAGCGCCAUGAUUUGCGCAUAUGCAUGCCAUGGACUUGGAGAAGAUGCCAUUAAAUUAUUUGAGGAGAUGCAGCUUCUGAAUGUGAAACCAAAUCAUACGAUUUUUAUUUCAGUCCUCAGAGCGUGUGCACAUAUGGGUUAUGUAGACAAAGGGUUGCAUUAUUUCCGUAAAAUGCAAAGUCAUUACGGUUUAGAUCCCCAUAUGGAACAUUAUUCAUGUAUGGUAGAUCUACUAGGGAGGUCAGGACAAGUAAAUGAAGCUUUGAAGCUUAUUGAAAGCAUGCCUUUUAAAGCCGAUGAUGUGAUAUGGAGAACUUUACUUGGUAUUUGCAAGUUGCAAGGGAAUGUCGAAGUUGCAGAAAAAGCAGCCGAUUCUUUAUUACAGUUAGACCCUCAAGAUUCUUCUGCUUACGUUCUUUUGUCAAAUGUAUAUGCUAUUGCAGGAAUUUGGAGCGAGGUUGCAAAAAUAAGAAGUUUCAUGAAGAAUUAUAAAUUAAAGAAGGAACCAGGAUGUAGCUGGAUUGAGAUAAGAGACGAGGUGCAUGCGUUUCUUGUUGGAGACAAGGCACAUCCAAGAUCUGAGGAGAUAUAUCAGCAAACUCAUUUACUUGUAGAUGAGAUGAAGUGGGAUGGAUAUGUUCCUGAUAUUGAUGAUUUCCUGCUUGAUGAAGAAGUGGAAGAACAAGAUCCUUAUGAGGGGAACAAAACCGCCAUGUGUAGUGUGAGAUAAUGUAGAAAAGGUUUCAAACACGCUGACUACAAUGGCCUAAUGGAGAAUUCGAGCAGGAGACUCUGAGGAAUCAGGCUGGCUGGGAAGAACUGAGCAACUUGAAAAGAAAAGAUUGCCCUGUACCGAAUAGUGGCUUGAGAUGUGUUGUUUCAUUCACAAGCUGAGAAUCAGAUUGGUUUAGAGCAACGAGAAUUCGCUUGAAGUUGGUGUGAGUGGAGGAGAGGAUUCAAGCAUGUGAAUGCGAUAAUGUAAAUCUAGAAAGGAAAAGCAUGUCAUUUUUUAAUUAGAUACUCUAGGGUUUCUUUAUUCAUAAGCCAGAUACUCAUCUUCAAACCAUGGGAUUGAUAUGAACAGAUUCAUGAAGCCAUCAAAUGGAACUGGUAGGUAGAUCCAAGCCAUCCUAUAAGUUCACUUCACGAGAGGUGGAGUUCAAAUCUCAUAUGAGAUAGUUGUAAAAUGAUUAUUAAUGUCACCGUUAUUAAUAACAAUUUCUCCUUUCCUUGUUUAAAAAGAAAAACUCAAAUACUUAUGUCCGAGGGACUGUUGAACUUAACACUAAAUGUGCGCACGUCUACCAAAACCAGACACAAUGUGUACUUUUUUUUUUUUUUGAAGACAUGUGUAUGUUGGUUUACCAUGUUGUGGAGUCUAUCCCCUUGGCUAGACUCAACCCCGGUUAGUCAAACCACACUUUUUAAGUGGAUGGAACUUUUAGCAUUGUUAUUCUGACCAAACUUGUAGCUUAGCAAACAAUGCACUUGCAGCAUGUUCUCUAGAACAGAAAUCGAAUGACUUGCAAAUGGAAUUAAAAAAAAACGAUUUUGUUGGCAUUGUUUUUUACUUUUA